AUGGAGAGAGGACUGGCAGAGAGUGCAGGAGGGAGGAGGGAGGUGUCAGUAGUGUGGAGACCGCCUCAGUGGUUGGUGUUGGCAGUCCUGGGGAUUCUGGUGUGGCUGGCAACUCCGGCAGACAUGGACAGGCACAGAGGCAGAGGCGGCUUCAGUGGAGCCAAACAGCCACAGGGGUCACCGAAAGAAGGCACUUCUCUCUGUGAAGAAGGAGGGAAGAGUUUGCUCAAUUGUACAGACAUCGAUGAUGUGCUGGAGAGGUACUAUCUGUCACCGUUAUAUGGCAUCGAGUUCUGCAUUGGUUUCCCUGGCAACCUUUUGGUCGUACUUGGUUACAUAUUUUGUUUGCAGGAGUGGCAGAGCUGCAAUAUUUACCUAUUCAACCUGGCAGUGUCCGACCUUAUUUUCCUCUGCACACUGCCACGCCUCGCGUACCUCUAUGCAAAUGACCAAUCAGAGACCAGUCCCUAUGCUUGUGUGAUCAACCGCUAUGUCCUCCAUGUCAAUCUUUACUCUUCCAUCGUUUUUAUGGUUUGGGUUAGCAUGGACCGCUUCCUGCUCAUAAGGCACCCGACACGGAACCACUACCUGCUGAGGACAAAAACAGCCAUGAUUGUGACGGGACUGAGCUGGCUAGCUGUCAAUGUGGAAGUUGCUCCGAUGAUAUCACUGAUGGUCCACGACCUUCAGAGGGGAAACUGGAGUCGCUGCAAGGAUUUUGCCAGCCUGAGAGGAGACCUCAAUGCACUGGGCUACAGUCUGGGGCUAACCCUGACUGGUUACAUUCUCCCUUUGCUUGGACUUUGUGGUUUUUCAUACCAAAUUGCACAUCUGCUUCGUGUCCAGGAAAGGGCUGUACAACGCAGGACAACAUCGUACAAGCGGCCUCUCAGGGUUGCUGCAUCGGCUGCUAUCAUGUUUCUGGUUCUGUACACUCCCUACCAUGUGCUGAGAAAUGUCAGAAUAGCAUCUUGGCAGGUCUGGCCAGGGCUGCAGCUAUGUUCAAGGAAGUACAUAGAGGGUCUGUACAUCAUGACGCGGCCAUUGGCCUUCUUGCACAGUGUCAUUAACCCUGUCUUCUACUUCUUAAUGGGUGACAAGUUCAGAGAGCUCCUAUUGGCUAAGCUCAGAAAGCUGGUCAGAAAGACAUCCCAGCAUAGAGAACCCGUCUGA